GCGUAACGUCAUUUUUAGUCGCCCGGUAGCGGUAGUUUUCGGGUCACCGUUUGGAGGACAGCUAAGAUGGCCCUGCCGGUGGUCCGGUUCCUCUUCCCAGCAGGAGCAGCAGCUGUUAGAACGGGGAGUGUCGUACAGAAGGCGGGGAUCCAUACCAGCUUGGUGAGAAACCUGCGGUAUGGCUGGUGGGCCUACGCUCUGGGUGAGAGGACGACUCCACGGUUAAAGCAGUACAGCAAAAUCAUCACUGUGGACGGAAACCUGGCCUCAGGGAAAGGGGCGCUGGCUCAGAAGCUGGCUGACAAACUGGGGUUGCUCUACAUGCCUGAGGCUGACACCUUCUACCUGGAUAAGAUGACCGGGGAGACGGAGCACCUCCCUCUGGACUUUAACGGCAUGUGCAGCCUGGAAAAGUUCUACACAGACCCUAAAGCUGCUGAUGGGAACAGCUACAGGCUGCAGCUGUGGAUGUACAUCAUGAGGCUGCUGCAGUACUCUGACGCCAUCGAGCAUCUGCUCACCACAGGCCAAGGAGUGGUCCUGGAGCGCUCUCCUUUCAGUGACAUGGUCUUCCUGGAUGCCAUGUUCAAACAGGGCUACAUCAGGAAGGAAUGUGUGGAGCACUACAAUGAAAUCAAAAACAUCAGCAUCUGCGAGUUCCUCCCUCCUCACCUCGUAAUAUACGUCGACCAACCAGCAGAGGAAGUUCAGAAGAAGCUCAAACAGAGUGGAAAGUCCUACCUGCAGAAUGUGCCACUGCAGUAUCUGAAGAGCAUAGAGGACUCCUACAAAAAGUCUUUCCUCCCUAUGAUCAGAGAAACCUCAGAGCUGCUGGCUUACGACGCGACUCAGGCCCAAGACAUGGAGAGGGUGGCCGAGGACAUCGAGUACCUGCAGUUUGAAAAGGGGCCGUGGCUGGAGCAGGAUGACGUCAGCUACCAUCACAUGAGGAUGCUGGUGGAGGACAAACAAAGGGUGUCAAUGCUGACCCACAUACCCCGGUUCUUGCCUGAGAUCACCAUGGGAGCCCACGACUAUGACGAGAAAUACUACGCUUAUAAAGCGCUGCCUGGGAAGAAGUAUGCUCCUGGCUACAAUGAAGAUGUUGGAGAUAAACACAUCUGGCUGAAGUGAUUUCCUCUUGUUUCACCUUUGCUGUUGGCUGAUCUGCCGAGUGAACUCAGUCGCUCUGUUGUACAGUCGGAAAAAAAACUAUGUAUUAAA